GCCAUUGCCCAUCAGCAUUUCAGCUCGAUAUGCUCCGACGACCAAACUCACGAUGCAUGAUCUAAAAUAAAGCUUUACAAUCCAUCUCCCUUCGCUGCCGUCACCACCAGACACCACCAUGAAGAAUCCCUCGCUCCUUCCCCUCGUCGUCGUCCUCCUCCUAGCCGUGUCGCUGCUUGCCACCACCGCCGUGGGGGCGCGUCUCAUCGCUCUCGUCGACGACACGUCGUCGCCGUACGUCGAGUGCGAAGGCGACGGCGGCGUCUACGCGGCAAACAGCACCUACGAAGCCAACCGCCGCCGCCUCGCCGGCCUCCUACUGGCCGAGGCAGACGCCCCCGGCUCUAAUUAUUACACGGACCACGCCGUCGGGUACUGGCCUAACCGGCCCCAGGCCAUCUUCUUCUGCCGGCACCGGCGGCGCCACGUUGACGGCGCCAGCUCCGGCGACGACUCCGCCUGCGCCGCCUGCAUCGCCGGUGCCUUCCUCGAGGUGGAGAGAGAGUGCCCGUAUCACAGGAAGGCCGCCUUUUACAGUAGCAACUGCACUCUCGAAUUCAGCGAGUUCCGUAUCUUCGGGACUGAAGGCAUCUUCAAUCUUUUCGAAGAAAACGUACUGAAACAAAUCUUGGCCUCGGGAUUGAUAUUCCAAGGAAUCGGAUUUGGUUGGCUUUUCUUCUUGCUAUUUCAGGAAUGGCGCAGCCGGACAAGAGGCACCAUGAUGCAUUCCACACCUCUCUUAUCUGGGGAUUAAAGUGCUGGCACCUUGGGCACAACUUAAAGCUUCAGCGCCAACUAAGGCUCGGCACAACAGUAAAAUUAAAGCUUGCGCCAAUGGAUGUUCUCUCAGGCAAAUAAUGAUGAAUGGAUACUUUCUGUCCACAUCGCAGGAUUUCACAUUGAUCAUUUCAAUGUAGUUUCAGUGACCACUACUCUGUUGCUUUCAUAGAACUUUCAUAGAAUUUCCGACACAGCUUAUUUGGAUGGGUUCGUUGGUUUCUCCCUUUACAUUAUCAACUGUAAGAAAUGUGCGCAACUUGCGCGUACGCUCUGUUCUUGUUCUCACUUGCAGAAUUAAGAUAAAUUUACUCUGAAAAACUUUCCCUUGGAACAGAAUGCGAGUUUUUAUUUAUGAAAAAA